AUGGCGUCCUCCCUCGCCACCGUUGAGUCUUUUGUAGAAGGCGCCCCGCCAGGCGAGCUGGCAGAUGUAAUAAACGACAUCAAGACCCUCACCGUCAACGAACCCGGUCUCAUCUCCAAGCUCGGCCCCGCCUUCGAGAAGUACAACGAGGAGCAGUUCGUCACCACGAAGCUGCCCGGCAGCAGUCAACAAGUCAUCAUCAGCUCGCACAGCGCCCUGGGCGAUGGCAGAUACUUCGAUGUCGAGAGCUCGUCCAGCUUCGCCUUCGAUCACACUACACAGAAAGCAAGCAGUGUCCAGAGCUACGUCCUGGAGGGGUCCCAAGCAGACUUGGCGAAAUCAACACUGAAGAGCCUGGCGACAUAUGCUAAGGAGCACUACCCGAACGCCUCGUACGGCGUAUACCCCAUCGAGAACGACUCCAAGGUGGCCAUCGUCAUCGUGGCCAACAAAUACAGCCCAAACAACUUCUGGAACGGACGAUGGCGCUCCAUGUACAUCUUCGACCCAUGUUCAGGCAGUCUCGAGGGAAGCCUCAAGGUCGACGUACACUACUACGAGGACGGCAACGUGCGCCUGUUGACGAAGAAGGCGGUCUCCGGAUCCGUGUCGUUGGGCACGGGCGCGGGCAUCUGCAAGGAGAUCGCGGUGGGCGAGAAGAAGUACCAGGAGGAGCUGAACAGGGGCUUCACGAGUCUGAGUGAGGGCGCGUUCAAGGGACUGCGCAGACAGCUCCCCGUGACGAGACAGAAGAUCGAGUGGGACAAGGUGGCCAGCUACCGGGUGGGACAGGAUAUCGGUGGUGGGAACGCGAGGAGAUAG